AUGAGUGGUUGUGUUCUUCUACUCACUUCUUGGGCAUUCACACGUAUACCAUUCUUUGCUCCCGUUAGUACAGUGCAACCCUCGUAUCCAUACGCACAAAGAUGGGCGCAAAGACGGAUGAAUUACGAUGCUAAUCCUCAUUUUCAUGUACAAGGAUAUCGAAACGCAUUGGACCAUAUGCAAGAAAGAGAUUUUAUAUGGAGGCCGUACAUUCAAUAUUCGGUGCCCGAUCUUAGGCAUAGCCAAAUCUGGAGUGCUACAACUUUUCUUAUUUGUUUCUACACCGUUGAAAUUUAUCAAAUGGAUAGGGCAAAACUCCAGUUUGGAUUUGAACAACAAAUCCCUUCCCCACCAAGGUGUCUAAGGGAACACCACACAUUGACAAUGAGAAAAGCCCAAAAAGUUCAUUGGCGAGAGUUAAACAAGGAGGAGGUGAGAGAAUGGAAACAUAUAAGACAUGUGAUUUUGCAAGGGGACGCUGUAGUUGGUGAACGCAAGCCAAGCUAA